CUCGAUGGUUUAUAUCUUUCAGCGACGUAGCUAAUAUACGUCUGUUUUGGUUGGAGUCACUCACCGAUGCCCAGUGUCUUUGUUGCUCCACUAAUGCAGGGAUUCCCGGAUUGGUUGUCUUGGGUGCAGUCAGCGCAGAGCCGCAUGCUUCCGUGAUUGAUACUACGACUUGAGUAAAUGCAAGCAGACCAGACUUGGAUUUGGCAGUAAGCGAGGUUCGCAUGUUCAAGCAUGCUCCAGGUCAAGUUGCGUCACAGGCGCUGGCUGCGGGGAGGAGGAAGGCGCGCUAUGGGCAUGCAGACCCUGGCCGAUGUAUCAACACAAGCCGAAGCCUGCAUCUCUACAAUAGGCCGGCUUCAACGCAACAUCGACUCCCUCACCGCGCGCCCUCGUACUGCUGCCCUCUUUGUUUCUUCUGGUGCGCUUAGCUUGGGAUCCCCGGCGUGCACCGAGACCGUUUCCGUGGCCGUUUCAUCAGUUCCCCUUAACCAUAGCGGGGCCUGUAAUUACCCACCUCCACGCGCCGAGACAGUCAGGGACGUGACGGUGCCACAACAUACCCUCCCGUUGGGGCUGCAGCGACACCUGCACCCAAAGCGCGAGAGCAGCAAACAGAGCGAGGCCUCUGGGCCGCAACGCCUGAACCCCCAGCAAUCAUGUCGAACACAAUCAAAGUGGUGGCGCGGUUCCGUCCGCAGAACAAGAUCGAGAUAGCCAGCGGCGGAGAGCCCAUCGUUGAAUUCAAAAACGAUGACACAUGUACGAUCCAGGUACGGCAUGCUAGCUCCAUAAACACAUGUCCAAACCAACCAAC